AUGGCCCACUGCAGCGGCAUCAGCUGCAUGAAAGGGUCGCGCAUUUCCGCGGAGUGGCGGAGCCAUGAGCUCGCGCGCCGCGAGCUCGCGCAACACUACGUGGAGCUGCAGCGCGAAGAGGCGGCGAUCAUUGAGGCGCAGCAGCAGCGGAGGCGGGAGCACCACGCCGAGGCCGGGCAGCGCGGCACGCCCGGCGCGCUGGACCCCCUGCGCAGCAUGCCAGUGGGCCAGAUCAGGGAAUUGUACCUGAAGGGCCAGCUUGAUGGCUUUGAUGUUCUGCGGCCAGAGCUGGUCUUCUUCAAAGAGGACAUCCCGCUGCCAAAGGGCGGCGGGCCACCUCCCGCGGGGGCCUCCAUCUUCGACCAGCUGGACGCAAACCACGACGGGGUGAUCAGCAAGGAGGAGCUCGAGGCCCUGGACAAGGACCACGACGGCGUCAUCACCCGUGCCGAGUUCGAAGAAGCCGUCGGGAAGUGCGACUACCUGGUCGACAACAGCAGGCUCGGGACGGUACGCGGGGGCCUCGCGUACCGCCACAGCAAGAACCUGGACGACAAGAACUAUUCCGCGGGGGAAGACGGCGGACCGCCGUGGGGAAGCAUCGUCGCCGGG